AUGCAUUCCCAAGGCGCCCGCUCCGCGCCCAUCUACAGCCCUGGCGGAUUCAAGCCCCCCUCCUUCGGCGUCGUCCCCAAAGCCCGCUCCGACGUCCGCCAACCAACCCGCAUGUCAUCCACCCACGUUGUCGUCGAACCCAUAUCCACCAAGGAGCGACCUUGGGUUCCCUCCGAUGGACUCUACCAAGAAAUUAACAAACAAGCCAUGCACGAGCGCAAGCUCGCCAUCAUCGGUGUCGACGACAGACUCCUUAAGCCUUUACCCCUAAACAACCACCCGUUCCACACCCUGGAUUACAUCCCCUUUGCUCGAUCGAGCCUCGAGGCCAUGGCCGCUAUUGAGGAUGGGUUGAAGGGAGUGGCCAAGCUGCUGAAGCUCGAUGGGAUCGGGGUGGAUGUAAGUCCGGUGGUCCCAAGGCAGGUUGUGAGCAUCAGGGAGUCUGGGUGGAGGCCGACGCAGUUGGGGUUUGAUCAUAUCCGCUGGCCUACUACUUCCGAGGAGCAUAAGGACGUGGAGUUCCAGAGUGACUGGUAUGAAAUCCUGUGGUAUGAUAUCAUGAAGAGGGUGUAUAGGUGGGCGGAGAAGUACUUUGAUGAACGGCAGGAUGUGAAGGUGUCUGCGAAAAGUGUUAAAGAUUGGACGAACCUGUGGAAGCAGGCGGGCGUUUCAGAUCACUUUGUUCAUUAUGCGAGCUUGGUGGCGAGGCAGGAUAAUAAUCACCCCGCGGGGUGGGAUGUGUUGUUGGCUAAGGGGAGAUAUAGGAAGUUUCUGAUGGUUGGUGUGCUGGUGAGGUUGUUGCAGGAGCAAGUGUUUGAUGAGUUGUUGUUUGGGGCGGACAAAGGCACGAAGAGGAUGCUGGAGACGCAGGAUGAGUGUUAUAUCGAGUUAGAUGGCUACUUCCGCACCGAGAUGCGUUGCAAAAGUGUCCGCGCUGCUCUCGACGAUUCUAUCUUGACCCCAGGCUUCUGGCCUGAGGUGGACAAGCUGGCGAUCCAAACCACAGCCUUGUUCUCACCUCUGCUCCGGUUCAUGGACGUCGAAUUUGAGAAGCGUACAGACCCACUAGAUUUUCAUCAGGACAUCCACGAUAUCAUUGCCGAGUCGGGUUACUUCAACAUCGCCACACGGCUUUCCCGCGAUAUCUUCCGCUUCAACUGGCCCCUGCCCGGAGAUGGAUGGAGUCUCGAGAUUGAGAACGUCGACGACGUUCCCUUUGAGACCUCGCGGGCCUGGGCUGAUAAACACGAGCAAGAUGCCCAGAAGCGGUAUCACGCGGGCCUGGAAGCAGAUCGACGACGGAAGAAGAGGAGAAAGGAGCUUGGUCUGGACGGACGUACCACGAGGACCACUGCUGCCAUGGCACGCAGUACCCUCCGACUUGCUUUGGAUCAUGCCAGUACAAAGUUGAAGUCCGGUUUGGCCGCCACGGGUGCCAGGCUUGCGCGGCUCCGUCCUGGCUUCGUGGCACCCACUGUUGACGAUCCGCCUCCUGCCUCUGAGCCAGACUACAGCAGGCCCAGUGACCCCAACCGCCCUCCGGAGCUCUACCUCCCUUCUCGCCUGGCAAAGACCCAAAUCGCUAUCUUCCCCGCCGUCCAACGCUACAUGAACCUGGAAACCUUCAGACGUGAGCCGGUCAAGAAGAACCCGUCCUUCUCCCGGUCCUUCUCCUUCGAAAUCAACGACAUCAUGGCCUCCAUCGAGAGCCACCCCACUUACGAGUAUUACUUUGACCAACUCCUCCCCCGCAACCCCCCUAAGAAGGAAGACUCUUCCGACGAGGGCUACACCUUCCCCACGGCUCGCCGUCGCAAACAUCUUGUCAACCCCUUCGACCGCCAAGAAGACGCCCAAGGCAUCCACACGAUCGCCAAAGGCAACGCAAUCUACUACUCGGGCGUAGCCGACGAGUCUCACCUCUCCGCCCUCCGGCGCAACGCCAACGAUCCUUCUGUCGGUCCAGAAAAGUAUUACGUCGGCUACCCCGGUUACUUGCCCGAGCACAUUCCUACCUUGAGGGAAUGGACCAAUCUCCCUCUUACCUCUCGCCACAGCAGCCACAGCCGGCACUCCCUCAACAACCUAUCGUCCUCCUCUCGUACAUCCUCCCCCUUCUUCUCCUACUUCGUUCCCUCCAACAAAACCCUCAUCCUCACCCGCCGUCUCCUUUUCACCAUGCUCAUCUACUCCCUCCUCCGCUUUUUGCUAGUUCCCCUCCUCCUCCCUUCUUUCCUCCCCUUCUUCCUCGCUUUGGAAUCCACAGCCCUGCACGUCUUCAACCAGGUCAAAGAUGGCCUCACCACGUUGCUCACUCCCCUCGUUGAUGCCGCCCGUCCUCUUCUAGGUCAUCUUCUUCACACCUUAACUCUCCUCCGAAACCUAGCGUUGGCUGUUCUCAAACCAGUCCUCGCUCCCGUCGGGGACUUGAUCAAGAAACUGGUGCUCCCGCCUUUGGCUUCCGCUUUAAGGGCGGUGGGAUAUGUCUAUAGCCAGCUUGUGGACAGGGGACCGGUGGGGUGGGUUUGGGCGAGGUUGAAGGGGGCGAUUGGAUGGUGGGGAGAUUGGGUGAAGUUGGUGGAUGAGGCGGUGAAAGGCGGGUUGGCGAGGGUUGAUGCUUGGUUGGGUGGUGCUACUGGUGCUACAGUUUUGCCUGAGGCGUGGCGAAGGAGCGGAGCAGGAGGAGGAGGAGCAGGAGGAGGGAGAGAUUUAACGACAACGGUGACCACGGCGACAACGGUGACAACGACGAUGACGGGGGCGGCGGCUGCUGGUGGUGGUGGUGGUGGUGGUGGUAACUGGAACCCUUUUGCUAGGAGGAUUGAGUCUGGGUUGAAGACUGAGAAGACUACUUACACUGUGACUACUAACGGGGGGGAAGAAGUGUUCACUGUCACUGAGAAACGCACUGCUGGUGGUGGUGGUGGUCUGACGUCUGGGAGGAGGGCUUCCACCGCUUCCACUGUUACUACUGGCGAUGGAACCUUCACUCUUGCCGGCGCGGCACCGCCUCCUCCUCUUACGCCUUGA